AUGGCGAACUUCAAGUCUCCUCCUCGCCUCUCCGACCUCCACCUUGAAACCCCCUCCACACGUCCUACAUAUUUCGAAUUUACCAUUCCUCCAUCAUGUCCAUAUCUAGCUCUCUUAGGGGACAUCGGAUUGGCGUCCGACAUCGGCCUUUUUGAAUUUCUCUCGCAGCAACUCAAACAAUUCGAAAUUAUCUUUUUUGUAAUUGGAAACCAUGAAGCAUAUGACACUAGCUAUACCACAGCCAAAUCUGCAUUCCACUCUUUUUCGCAGAGCAUUUCCCGCCGCCGCAGAUCCGAUCCAUCACUGGGCUGCUUCAUAUUCCUUGACCAAAGACGGUUCGACAUCAGUCAUAAUGUAACUAUCCUAGGUUGCACGUUAUUCUCUGCCAUAUCUCCCGAGCAAGCGCAAUCUGUGCAAUUAUUCGUCAGCGACUUUGAGUGGGUCGAGGAUUGGACUGUGGAGGACCAUAAGGCCGCACAUGCUUCCGAACUCGCUUGGUUGAAUGAGCAGUUUCUGCAUAUUAGCAAGUCGGAACCGCACAAGGAGAUUAUCAUAUUCACACACUACAGUCCUACAACUUCUCCUGAAGCAAAUGAUCCGCGUCAUCUAAAAGAUGCAUCUGGUGUGCGUUCGGCGUUUAUGACAGAUCUCUCUGCUGAGCCAUGCUGGACCGCACCAGCGGUGAAGUUAUGGGCGUUUGGGCAUACAGAGGCUAAACUUUGGCGACAAAACAAGGGCGUUCUUGUUGGGCCUGCUUUUAACUGUGGCGUCAGCAUACGGUAGUAGGCAGAGAGUAGUUUGCUUCAACUGGAC